GUGGCCACUAGGUUGUGUCACAGUAAGUAGUACACUAUACCGAAGCCUUGAAGGUAAACGUGAAGCGCAAAACACCAGAUCUUAAACAUCGUAAAAUAUUCAGGCGGUAAAAGCCCGGAGAAAAGGAGAGAUCUGUUCAUCACAAUUCUUUCAUUCUCUCAGGUUUUUUCUUUUGAAGAAGUAGAUUAUCACUGAGAGAGAGAUGGGUUUAGGGUUCACCGUUGGUGCUAUUGGGAUCUUAAUUCUUUCUCACGCUGCUUAUUCAACUAUUCAGUAUAGAGGCUUGUUGAAGAUCCUUGAAGAAGAAUUUUCAGGACCUCCGUUGAAUGUUGUAGCUGAGCUGCUUAUUGGAUUGGUAUUGUGUAUGUAUGCUGGAUUAUGUGUUCCAGGGAAGUUCCUGUCAAUACAUCCAGAUUCAGAUGAAAACAGGAUAGUAUCUUUACCGGCUAACGUGGACUUCAUGGUCUUUAACCAUCGAGGAAAAGUUUUUCCAUCAGAAGCGAAUUUGAAGCUGAAGUGUUGAGCUGCUGCCAGGAUCAUGAUAACUGACCGAUCAUGCAAGGUUGUUCAUCUGAUGAAAAAUGUAAAAUCUUUGAAACCCUAAUCUCCGACAUGUAGGAGGUUAGGUGCAUGCAGACUGUGGAUGUGUUCUUAAUGUGCUUUGGUUAAGUUUUAGUUGAUUUCUUGCUUUAGUUUAUUUAUGUCAAGUUAAUAUUCAUGUGAACCAUAGAAAAAAAAUUCAAUGCGGAAAGAAUUCUUAAGCUGAAAAAAAUUGUGACCAGUGAAUGUUAUUGAAUAAUUCAGACAUUUGGUUUGGCCUGCAUAAA